AUGGCAACAUCACUUAGAACUGCAUGGUCCAACCUCUUUCGGAUGCAUUCAGUAGCAACCUGUCAGCAGGCCCCUCUGUGGAAUGGAACUGUGUAUCAUGCUUCCCAUAAAUCUACAUAUUCGAUUCUCCCUGAAGACUACAAUUGCAAGGUGGAACUUGCAGUGACAUCAGAUUUGAAGACAAUUGUCUGCCACCACCCUUCACUUGAGAUUCCAUACGAGCAUACAAAA